ACUAGACCAUUGACUUCAAAUUUAGUCGAAUGAUAUCCGCUCAGCUCAACGCACCUACUUCUGCCACCAAUUGGCUGUGUGUUGAGAGCCUAACAAAAAAUGUCUCGAUUACGGCUUAAGGUGAGGAAUUAAGAGCUGGAAAAAACAGAAAGAAUUUGCCCAAUUCUUAAUGCAAUGAAAAUUUCAUUAAUCAUGUCGUCGGAUGAUAGUUACUUCAGGAUGAAAUUCUACAAAUAAUUAAUUCAAUGAAAAGAGACAGCACACGGUAUGUUUAUACCGGAUACACUGAGAAGCUGUAUGAUCGAGACGGACGUAUCUUCCUAUUUACAAACAUCGUCUACCGGACAGGAUGAAUUUCACCCCUUCAUUGAAGCGCUUUUACCAUAUGUCAAAUCGUUCUCGUACUCUUGGUUUAAUCUCCAAGCUGCAAAGCGAAAGUAUUAUAAAAAGCAUGAAAAACGCAUGUCUUUGGAAGAGGAAAGACAUUGCAAGGACGAGCUACAGAAUGAGAAAACAGAAGUAAAGCAAAAAUGGGCAUCCCGUCUUUUGGGUAAGCUGAGAAAGGACAUAACACAGGAGAGUCGAGAAGAUUUCGUUCAAUCAAUCAUAGGCAAACGUAAAUCCAUUUGUGUACUCUCAAACCCCGACCAAAAGGGCAAAAUGCGACGAAUUGAUUGCUUACGACAAGCUGAUAAAGUUUGGAGACUUGACCUCGUUAUGGUCAUUCUUUUUAAGGCAAUUCCAUUGGAAAGCACUGAUGGUGAGAGGCUGGAAAAGAAUCCAGAGUGCUUGCAUCCAGGCCUAUGUGUAAAUCCAUAUCAUAUAAAUGUGUCAGUACGAGAGCUGGAUUUAUAUUUAGCCAACUUCAUAAAUACUCAUAGUUCGUCGCUUACCAGUCUGCCUAAUCCCACAUUGAUGGCAACUUCUAUGGAGGCAGCGAGAUCUCCACAACUUACCAUUUAUAGUCAAAACCGUAACAGCAAUGCAGCUGUUGACCGCAAGGACGAUACCGACGGUAUUGAAACUAAGUCCAAAGGCAUCCGACACAAUCCUUACAACGGGGUCGUUUGUAAUGACAUAAUCCUUGCGACUGGAGUAUUUUCAUCACAAGAGCUUUGGACGUUGUCAAGGGAUUCAAUUUUGGAUGAAGCCAGCAGUAACAGCUUGCAUACAAACAUAAUUAAGCGCGAAAGUGUGGGAAAUGCCUAUGACUGCAAUACAUAUCAAUUGAAUCCGGACUCUCCAAUAUCUAGCUCCCAAGCCUUGGCUCAGGCUGGAUCUAUUGUCGCUAAUUCUAUUUCAGGUGGCUACAACGUUGAUUUUGUAGAUCAGAAUCCCAACACAAAUGCCAAUCAUAAUCAGAACCAGGCUCAAAGGGGUGUGCAUUUAUCACAAUCUCCAUUAUUACGUUCGGAUGCGGCAAGUGCAUCUUCAUUGGACGAAGGUGCAGGUGUUGGUUCUGGAGCUGGCACUGUCGCUGGAUGCUGCAAGAUUGAUCACUGUGCAUCGCCAACGGCCAUUUCGCGCACUAGCACAUCCGCUGAAAACUGCUCUACAGGCAGCUUUUCAGUAAUACUUCGAACAUCUGAUACUAAUAACUCAAGUGGAGACACAACUGUAACAACGGAUUCCGCGCUGUCAUUGCAUCGUUACCAACCUCUAAAUAGCAAGGGUAUUCCAAAUAUGCCACAGAUACGCUCAGCCGAAGCAAUAUUGCAUCACAAUUGUUCAACAUUACUCGCUGCUUCGGUAAGCCCAGUAAACACACUAUAUUAUCCUCAGCACACUGGCAGCCCACGACUUGCAGCGCAUACAACGCACAUUUCGUUGGAUCAAGAUGGAUCGAGUGCUCAGGCCCAAAUACAGAUACAGAUACAAACGCAACAACAACAGCAACAGCAGCAUGGCGACAAGUAUUCACCCGAAGCGCACGACAUUUCUGAUUUUGUGACAUAUGUUUGUCAAGACACAGCAUCGAUCGAAAAUCCAACAUUUCAGCACACACAUGCACAUCCGAAUUCUCAUCCGCAUUCUCAUCAGCUGACCUCGCACGCGCACCCUUCACAUUUUCAACUUCAUCAGCAAUUGCGUAGCUCUAAAAUAACGGCGAGCGCUCCACCACAUUAUCACAGUACAAUGUUGCCUCCGAUGUUACCGCCAAUGGCACGUCCAGUUGCCAUCAUAAGGACCAGUAGUGAUUUGGCAAUGUUGGGGCAGUCAUCCCCACCUGUAGGAACAUUAAGCACAAGCCAGUCCUUAAGUUUAGGUGCAUCAAAGGCAAAUUUAGAGGAGGGUGAAACUCGAGACCUGAGCACUGCUAUUGAAACGAACCAAAGUCCCAAUAACUCAGAUGUCAGUGCCAGUACCAGUGUCAGCGGCAGUUGUACAGUGCUUGAAGCAACGCCAUCCCCUCAACCUCACCCAGCAAGAAGUCCCCAUAUUUCGUCAGAGAGCAUACGUUGUAAGAUGCCAGCAGUUGCCGCAUCUAAUUCACUUACCCGAAUAGCAACUCAAGUGUAUCCAACAGCAAAUAGUCGAGAAUACUUCAAUCACUUUCAUUCCCAAUCAACAUCGCUACUGGGUUAUGCUGGAUCAAUUUCCACAAUGUCAGGUGUUAUAAGUCCAACGAACUUGAGCCUAUAUUCAACUCCAGCAAUGGCAGUGACCACAGCUCAUCGCUCAGGUGCCAGGUGUCGUUGGAAUAACGCUCUUGCUGAUGACGAUUUUAAUUUGAUUCCGCAUUCUGCACCCAGUACAAAUAUAGAAAAUACGCAAGUUAUUUUAAUGGAAGACUCUCCGGGGCGAUUCACUGAUGAAUAUACACCAAGUACUAACCGCGACUUUGUAUCGUGAUUUAUCAAAGGAAUUGCAUACACACAGUCAUCGUACGUCAUGGAACUUUGGGCAUGAAAAUGUGAUAUACAUAGAUACAUACAUAAAUUUAAAUAAGCACAUACAGAAGGACUUCAAUAAUAUUAAUUAAAUGUAAAUAUACAUAAAUAUAUCCUAUAGAUUCACAGUGGUUAAACAUGCCUUGUCUGUACAUACUUAUGAGUAAAGUCUAAAGUCUAUCUAAAGUAACAUAUUAACAUACUCAACAUAAAAAAAAUCAUUUGCCUCACAUUAUAUAAACGUAAUAAACGAUGUUUUGGUCAGUCGCUUUAUUACCAAUGUAUGUAUAUUCUAAUAUACAUAUGUACUAUGUAUGCAUGUAUUUUAAUAAUAACAGACACGCAAAAAAAACAUACUUCAACUUAUUAAGUUGAAUGCCAUUUAAAUGUAAAAUUGGAUGUUAUUCUCUUAAUAUCACAUACUCAAGAGUUACAUUUGUUAUAAUUAAUGCUAAAAGUAUUAUAAUAUA